GGGGCGGAGCUAAACGCGAUUUGUAGGAGUCGGAGUCAUGGCGGGCUUGGUUGACUUCCAGGAUGAGGAGCAGGUGAAGUCCUUCCUGGAGAACAUGGAGGUGGAGUGCCACUACCAGUGCUACCGCGAAAAGGACCCGGAGGGUUGCUAUCGACUGGUGGACUAUCUGGAAGGAAUCCAAAAGAAUUUUGAUGAAGCCGCAAAGGUGCUGAAGUUCAACUGUGAGAAAUAUGGGCAUGGUGACAGCUGUUACAAGCUGGGGGGCUAUUACGUGACUGGAAAAGGUGGCCUCACUCAGGACCUAAAGGCUGCCUUUUCCUGCUUUCUGAUGGCCUGUGAGAAACCAGGAAAGAAGUCUGUGGAAUCCUGUCACAAUGUUGGGCUAUUGGCACAUGACGGACAGGUUAAUGAGGAUGGCCAGCCUGACCUGGGGAAGGCCAGGGACUAUUACACCAGGGCCUGUGAUGGCAGCUACGCAGCCAGCUGCUUCAACCUCAGUGCCAUGUUUCUCCAGGGCGCCCCUGGCUUUCCUAAGGACAUGGGUCUGGCGUGUAAAUAUUCAAUGAAGGCCUGCGACCUGGGCCAUGUUUGGGCCUGUGCCAAUGCCAGCCGCAUGUACAAACUGGGGGAUGGUGUUGAUAAGGACGAGGCCAAGGCUGAAAUGUUGAAAAACAGGGCCCAGCAGCUGCACAAAGAACAGCAGAAGAACGUCCAACCUUUAACAUUUGGGUGACGUGUGGCCCACCCCCUUCCAAGCAACAGCUUCACCCUGGCAGCUCCUCUCUGAUCACAGAUGAGCCCUUGAAGGUCACUCAGUGCCAUCUGCUCCAGAGUGUCACCUGCUGGGAGUGAUCAGAAGUGUUUUAGUAAAUAAUCCUUUGUGUUUGCUCUAUGAGGACACCUACGUUUAUGGGGUGUGUGUGUGUUAAUUUCUAGACUGGACCUAUGAAGAAUAGGAGUAAACUGCGGGGCUGUAGAUUUUGGGGGCUUGGGGAGACAAAGAGAAGUUGGGAAACUUCGCAGCCAUGGGCCUGAAAGAGUCAGCAAUCAUUAUCAUUUUAGUCGGAAGAGCUUGAAAAUUAGAAAGUAUCCUAAUUUGCAUAACAGAGGUCUUAGAACAGCGAGCAGUCACGACUGCCGCCCUCUGCCUUAUAUAACCCAACGGUGGUGUGGGCUCCUUGCCGAUACAGUCAGACCUUUCAGCAGAUUUAGAGGGAUCAGGAGCCUUGUGCUGAAGAGAGUUGAGGUGGUUAUAUUAGCCUUGCUGUUGCCAAAGGAGACAAAACCUAAGCCUCCCUCCUCUAGACAAGUCGCUGGCAGUUAAAAAUUAGCCUCUCGACUGGCUCUGUUCCUCGCAGGAAGACAGAUGACUCUGGAAGCAGCUCCAGAUAGGAAUUUGGGACAUGCUGACAGGAAGUUGUCCACUCAACAGAGCCUUUUUAUUCCUACUUUUUUUUUUUUUUUUUUAAAAACAGGCCCUGAGCAGCCUUCUGCUGGCCUUAAACUCCUAGCCCUGCCCCAGCCCCACUGGUGCAGGGAUUACAGGCGUACACCACAUUGCCAGGCAGGACCGAAUCUGUUAACCGUCCAGAUGAAUGAAGUGUUUCCGUUGCUUUUCCAUCUGCUGUGCUAUUGGUCUCCAGAUCCUGGCAGAAUGGAUGGAGUGUGUUCAUCAUGGUGGCUGUCUUUGUGUGUGUGCCUUUUUAAGAAUUUUUUCCUUCUGUUGUCUCUGUACUUGUCACCAGGGGGCGAGCUUGUCCUUUUCCGUCACUACCCUGGCCCCCUUUUCCAGGCUGGCAGCCGGCUGCUCUAGAAGAAAGGCUUUGAAGGUUGUAAGCACAGCCACUGCCCUCUGAAGUUGGUACAGGAGACCGUUUUUCCUGAGCACACAGACAGCUUUUAAAAGACAACAAGUUUGUUUUUAGAAUGUCUUGAAAAUAGUAUUUGGUAUGAUUGAACACCAGAGGCCAACAAAAGGCACUGGGAAGAUACUAACCCUGGGCAGCUAUACAUAAAAACCACAUGAACGAGUCACCAACGAGUCUGCAGCUCCUGAUGACCCACGUUUAAUCCCUGAGAUCACACAGUGGAAGUAGACACCUGAGUCCUGCACAAUGCCCUCUCACCCAUGAAGGCGUGCACACGCAGUAAAUGAAUACAUGGAAUAAAACAUGUAAAACGAGACAAAUGACUAUGGGUACAUAGUGAGACCCUGUCUAAAGGGGAAAAAAGAUAGAGAAAUAGCAAAUGUAUGUAUGAGAUGCCCUCCGUAGCAUGGCAGGAGGGUGUAUACUGCACUGAACACUGCUGUGACUAGAGGGGCCAAACCGCAGUGCAGGGGGAAUUCGGAGUGGCAGGGACAUGCGUCAUGAACAGGGACAAACAAUGGCACAGCCACUUGGGGAGACAGUUGAUCAGUAUUUAAACGAAAUAUACAGUGUCUUUUGGUAAUCUUGUACGUUUCUAAUUCCCCAGGGGAAUUAAAAAGAUCCUCAUACCAAAAGCAGCAUGUGUGUUUCCUUAGGAGCCUAUUUAUAAUUGCCCAAACUUGGAAGCAAUGAAGGUGUCCUUCAGUAAAGACGAUGGGACAUCUACUACAAAAUUAAUGAGUCACAAAAGACAUAGAGGGCCUUAACAAAUGGAAGGCCAAUCUGAAAGGAUUCUUGAUUACAACUGUAGGAUACUGGCAUCCUCAAAAAGUCUUAGCUCUCAGAAGGCAGAGGCAGGUGGAUCUCUUGAGUUGGAGGCCAUCCAGGGUUGUAUAUAGCAACCUUGUCUUGAAAAACC